CAGGAUCUUGCACAUUUGUCCUAAGAUAGUGGCCGUUGUAUGUACCUACUGGGGCCCACCUGAUGGAUGGCCUAGAUGUUGUACACAGUCCCAUAUGUGAUGGGGACAGUGGCCAAGCAUGUCCCUAGAGGGGCCCACCUGAUGAAUGGCUGGUAUGGUUGCACAUGGGUCGUUCAUUUGAGUCCAUUUGAAUCUAGGAAAGUGAAAAAAUAAAAAAUAAAAUAAAAAUCCCAGCCAUCUAAAGGCUUUUGAUUUUGAAAAGAAGAAGACGACGACGAAGAAGAAGAUGGAGCAAUCAAAAUCAAGAGAAACCCUAGAAAUCCCAUCAAAUCAUCAUCAGACGGAAGCAGAUGAAGAGGACGACAACGUUAAGCAGCUACAAGAAUGUUCCUUCCUCUACCUAUCCUUACAGGACUGUCUUGCCCAAACCAACAGGAAUUGGAAAUCUUGCCAAUUGGAAGUUCAAGCAUUAAAGGCCUGUCAUGAAAGAAGGCAAAAUGGCAGAGGCAAGUGAAAGUUGUAGGUAGCAAAUUUUGUCACUGGAACAUUGUAAGCAUUGUCUCUUCGAGACUCACAUUUGAUUUGCUGCUCAUUUACGAUUUACUCUUAUUCAAGGAUAAAUACAUAGAAAAAGAAUGUUGCUUAUGUUGGUGGUUUCCAAUCUCUCCUACCUGACUAGAAGAUUUCUAAAAAUACUUUUGCGGAACUUUCAAAUGGCCAAGCAUGUCAUGGUUGCAAAUUGCAAAAUGGACCCAUUUAGACAAGGCUGUACUGAUACAAGAGAACUAGGUUCCUUUUUCUUUUUUCUGUUGCGUAUGUUGGUUGUUGCUGAAUUCUGGUGAAAAAUAUAUACAUGGAAUCCACAUUUUCUGCU